CCUUUUCCCCUUUGGAUUUCAUUUCGUUCGCAAUUGAAUUUCAAUUUCCCAAAGGGCCUUAAUAUUUCCUCGCAUUUUUUCCGUAUGUCAUAGUGCAAACUAACGAACACCCCUUAUUUCUCUCUCUCUUCCUUUUCCUCUCUCUCGCUAUCUCUCCCAAACCCUACCUUCUCAACCCCAUUUUCCACCUUCUGCUCCCGUCAUGAAAGGUGCAAAGUCCAAAGCCGAAUCCAAGAGAGGCGAUGCCAAGCUUGCCGUGAAUAAGAAAGGAACUCCGGCCACGAAGGGCGGUAGGAAAACCGGCAAGGGAAAAGCCGCCAAAGACCCUAACAAGCCAAAGAGGCCACCGAGUGCUUUCUUCGUUUUCAUGUAAUUAUAUAUAUUUUAUUUAACGCUACGAUGCAUUUGAUUUCCGAUGCGCUCUUCCCUUUCCACCGAAUAUUGUUCACCUCAAAACUUUUUACCCACACACCACGGGAAGAAUUUAGGAAACAGUUCAACAAGGAUCAUCCUGAAAACAAAGCAGUAUCUGCUGUGGGCAAGGCUGCUGGAGCUAAAUGGAAACAAAUGUCUGAUGCUGAAAAAGCACCUUAUGUGGCAAAGUCAGAGAAACGAAAGCAGGACUAUGAGAAGAACAUGAGAGCCUACAACAAAAAACAGGCUGAAGGUCCUACUGGUGGAGAUGAAGAGGAAUCAGACAAGUCAAUAUCCGAGGUCAAUGAUGAAGAUGAUGAUGAGGAUGGAAGCGGCGAGGAAGACGAUGAUGAGUAGGAGCUGGACUGAGAGUAGUAUCUAUCCUAGGUUGUUUUGGUGAUUGAUCGUCUUCUGUAGAUGGGUCUCAUCACUUGCUGAUAAACAUGUUUCGUUCUUCCAGAAAACGUAUUCCUGCUCCCUCAGUAAAUUUGUUUUGCCUUUUCAGAAAAUGAAAUAGCUACAAAAGGGAGCCCAUCUUUAUUUGUACCUUUGGAUUCAACUAUUUAGUUAAGGGGUGUUUAUCUCUUUUAGAGAGAUUGUAUCUUUUCAUGAUGAAAUCUACUUACGUUUGUAUCAAUAUAAUUGGCUUAUCCUUUCCGUCAUGCUGUAUUUUCUUGGUUGUAUA